UACCUUCGUACCGAUCGACACUUCGCAGUCGUCCUCACACGGUGACCAACACGUUGGAAAACCACCGUCAGUAUCCGGUAAACAGACAGUGCAGAAACUCGCUGAUUUACGUCCAAGAAGUUAUUCAUAAAAGCCGACCUCAAGAUGACUCUCGUACAACCCACCGUGGAGAUGCAACAGCACAUCCGCACCGAGCUCAACGAAGACGUGUCCACCAGGGAGAAGGAUCUGGAACACAUCAAGGAAUGGCUACGUCUGCAACCACACUUGCCGCAAUUUCAAGAUGAUGCCCGCAUCAUGACGUUUCUCCGAGGAUGUAAGUUCUCUUUGGAGAAGACAAAGAGGAAGUUGGACAUGUACUUCACGAUGAGAGCGGCUGUACCGGAGUUCUUCAGUAACAGAGACCCAACGUUACCUGAGAUCAAAGAAGUGAUGAGAGUCGCAAACGUACCACCACUUCCGGGUUUGACGCCGAAUGGACGCCGUGUGGUCAUGAUGAGCGGUGUAGAUUUGGAACAAAUGGCCGCGACCGUGGCCGAAGGUAUGAAAGUAGUGUUGAUGAUCGGUGACAUAAGAUUAAAGGAGGAAAACGUUGGCGUGGCCGGAGACGUAUACAUUCUGGACGCCAGCGUGGCCACACCGCAGAAUUUUGCCAACCACUUUGCCAAGUUCACACCAUCUCUGAUCAAAAAGUUCCUCAUCUGUGUACAGGAAGCAUAUCCGGUUAAAUUGAAGGAAGUGCACGUCAUAAACGUUUCACCACUUGUCGAUACAAUCAUCAACUUUGUGAAGCCAUUCCUCAAAGAAAAAAUACGUACCAGGAUUCACGUGCAUUCUUCGUUAGAUUCAUUAAACGAAUUUGUACCAAGGGACAUGCUUCCAGAAGAAUAUGGGGGAAAAGCUGGACCGAUUGCUGAAAUUAACCGCCAAUGGUACGAAAAAAUGGUGACUUACAAGGAUUGGUUCAAGGAUCAAGAAAAAAUUAAAGCUGAUGAGUCCCGGCGCCCUGGAAAGCCGAAGACACACGACGAUCUAUUCGGAAUGGAAGGUUCCUUCAAACAACUUUCUAUCGAUUGAAUGCAUCAACAUCGUUCUUAAAAAAUAAAUUUUUAUACUCAUUCACCCAUAUUUUUACUUUGUUCAAAAAUAUGAACACUUCACAAACUGGGUGGUAGCCUAGACAAUUUUUUUUUAUAUAUAGAUUUCACAUAAUUUGGACUAUAUUUGAUGCAAUUUCCUUGAAACCAAAGCAAUUAAACAAUUUGUUUUUGUACGAGUAAUAGGUCUUAGAAUUUUGAAAUAAUCCUACAAGUGAUUUUGUUUUUAUAAUAAAUGUUUACUUUAUACAUAUGUGUUUGCAGAAUAAUGCACUUCUCUUCACAAUAUUAACGUCAACAUAUUUUAAUUUUUGUUAUUAAUGUAAGGAUAUCUAGUUUAUUUUUUAGUUAACUGUUUUUUGUAUUCAAUUUCAAAUAAGAGAAAAUAUGUAAACAUAUUUUUAUUAUUGUUUUAUACCUACAAACAUGUUUUAUAUGUAUUUUUUUUUUUUCAUAAGACUAAAUGUAAUGAAACUAAAUAAAUCGACAACUUUCUUUCUAU